UUUAAAUGGGCCCAAUUGUCUCACGAAUUAAGCCCAAAAUGGUAAGAGGUUCCUUUGUGAAUGUUGUAAUAGUGGUCUUAAUAAACGGCGUCGUAUGUUGUUCUUCUCCCUUGCAGACUAUAACAUCAAAGUCGACCCACCAUUGUUGAUUGCACAAAGUCAGAGAGAGUGACAUAUGAUCAGAUCAAAUGGGAAGAUGAAAAAUGGCAGAUUACCCUCAAUCAGACCGUCCAUUUUCUCAUCAACCCAUAUCUCCAAAUCACUGGUCCCACUCAAUCACACUUUCCCGCCAUCAGAGACCAACUACCUUUUGUACCCACCAACUGCCUCUUCUCUCUCCUCUGCUCUGCAACACUUCAUCAACUCAGACACCCCUUCCCAUGGCCAAAAGAUCCACACCCACAUUCUCAAAACUGGGUUCAAGUCCAACACCAAUAUCUCCAUCAAACUCCUCAUUCUACACAUUAAAUCUAGUUGUCUUGCCUAUGCACGCCAAGUGUUUGAUGAAUUGCCUAACCCAACUCUCUCUGCUUAUAAUUAUAUGAUUUCGGGUUACAUAAAGAAUAGGCAGGUGUUAGAAUCUCUGAAUUUGGUUAAGGGAUUGGUUUUUUCGAAUGAAAAGCCUGAUGGGUUCACGUUUUCGAUGAUAUUGAAGGCUUCUACUUGUGAGAGUGUUUCAUCGGUUGCGAGUAGUUUGGGAAAGCAAGUCCAUGCCCAGGUGGUGAAAUCCGAUGUGGAGGGUGAUGAAGUUCUUUACACUGCUCUUGUUGAUGCAUAUGUUAAGAGUGGGAGAGUAGAUUAUGCGAGGAGAGUCUUCGAUAUGAUGUUGGAAAGGAAUGUGAUUUGUUCAACGUCAAUGAUUUCGGGUUACAUGAAUCAAGGUUGUGUUGAAGAUGCUGAGUAUAUUUUCAAGAAAACACUAGAAAAAGAUGUGGUAGUUUAUAAUGCGAUGAUUGAAGGUUAUAGCAAAUCAUUGGAAACAGCUAAGAAGGCACUUGAGGUUUUUAUUGACAUGCUAAGGUUGGAUUUUAGGCCUACAAUAUCGACUUUUGCAAGCAUUAUUGGGGCUUGCUCUGUAUUGUCAGCAUUUGAAAUUGGUCAACAAGUCCAGGCUCAAAUUAUGAAGACUGAACUCUUCACUGACAUAAAAAUGGGAAGUGCUCUUAUAGACAUGUACGCAAAAUGUGGAAGAAUAGAGGAUGCAAGAAGGGUCUUUGACCACAUGAAUGAAAGAAAUGUAUUUUCAUGGACUUCCAUGAUCAAUGGAUAUGGAAAGAAUGGAAAUCCAGAGGAAGCACUGGAGCUCUUUUUCAGAAUGCAAAGAGAUCGAUGCACUGAACCUAAUUAUGUUACGUUCCUUGGUGCUCUGUCGGCUUGUGGGCAUGCUGGCUUAGUUGCCAAAGGCCAAGAAAUCUUUGAUAGCAUGGAGAGAGAGUACUUGAUGAAACCAAAGAUGGAACAUUAUGCUUGCAUGGUUGACCUCUUGGGGCGCGCUGGAAGUUUAUAUCAGGCAUGGGAGUUUGUAAUGGCAAUGCCUGAGAAGCCUAAUUCUGAUGUUUGGGCAGCUUUGCUUAGCGCUUGUAGACAACACGAUGAUGUAGAAAUUGCGAGUAUAGUAUCCAAUGAAAUUUUCAAGUUGAGUCAUGAUGACCGUCCAGGGGCAUACAUUGCACUAUCCAAUACUUUGGCAGCUGCUGGGAAAUGGGAUAGUGUAAGUGAACUCAGGGAAUUAAUGAAGGUCAGGGGGGUAUCCAAAGAUACUUGUUUCAGUUGGGUUGGGAUUUAUGGUGGUUUAGAAGGCUUCCAUGUUGGACAAAAGAUGUGAGUAAACAUGUUAGCAACCGGGAGGUAAAGCCUCUUUUUUUUUUUGGGUGAACAAAAAAUUUUUUGGGUGAAUAAGGUAAAGCCUCUUCUAAUAUUGUUAUACAAUAAUAUCAUUCUUAAGAUUAAUUGAGUGUCGAAAAGCUUCUUAUUUAAUUUAUCAACUUUUAGCAUUACUCUCAUAGCUUGGUUAGCCUUAACAAUCUACAUCACUGUGGCUUAAUAUGGUUGAUAAUUCCAAAGUUUUGAUAACUGUGUAACAGAACUUGACCUCUCCUCAUUCUAAACCUAGGGGAGUGGGUUAUGGAGACCAGUGAAAAUAAAUUUCCUUUUGUUCAUUACC